GCUCGGCUGCAGUAGCUGCAGUAGCUGUGCAGUAGCUGGCUCGGCUGCAGUAGCUGCAGUAGCUGGCUCGGCUAAGUUCAAAGGAUAUUUGUGGGAAUAUUAAUUUAUUUAUUUUGGUUAAUAUAUGGAGAUAACCAUGGAAAGUGUGUCCACUGGUUUUCAAGACUGCUGUUGCUAAUUUUGCUUUACAUAUAGAAAGCUGUAAAAGUAAUUCUUGGAUAUAAGUAAAGUAAAUAUUAAUAUUUCAUGUGUUAAAGUGCUGUUUAUAAAUUAAAACUGAAUAAUUUUGUUUUAUCUCUGUGUGAUUGAACCCACACAUUUCACUUAGAGCUUUUAGGACUCAUUUUUGCUGUCAGAUUCAAUAAAGAAGAACAAUAUUGAACAUUUUAUAUAUGAAACUCAGUUCGUUAAAUGGAAGCAGUGUUUCAAGAUUAAUUACUGUCAGACUCAUGUAUUAGCUUUUAUUUCUGGAUACUCCGCUGAGAUCCAACAAAAACACAUUUAUGAAAAUGAUAUUAUCUCAAUAAAAUCAUUAAUACAGAACUGUGGGCUUAAUGAAAAUCACAUGAUACCAGCUUACAGGCUGUUAUUUCAAACUGUCCUUUUACAUUUAUUAUAGCUGAUAAAGGUGUUUCUGUGGAGCCCAUAUUCUAAUUUAUUGAAUAUGACACACUAUUUGCUAAGCACUGAGCUUUUCCUUUGUAGACAUUCCUUAACAGCCUUCAUGUAACAUUUUGAGAGUAAAUUAUUAAAUCAAAACGGUUCAUGCUACAGUUCAUGUUCAUUAUGAGCUGCUAUCAUUUGGAUGAAUCAAACUGUCCGUUUCCACGCUCCUGUACGAAUCCCUAAACAAUAAACAUCUUGUUGCUCACUUCGUUAAGGUCUCAUUUUGAAAACAUUUCCAUCAUAUCUCUGUGUUCCGACAGCUCAGUCUCUGGAAAGACUGUGAGCACUUCAUGUCCCCAGCUCCUCUGGUCACCUUGUCUUUAUGUCCCUCCUGCAACCAGACAGAGGAAGGGGGCGGAGCCUCCAGGACUCCAAGCCAAGACGGAGCCAGCAGCUGGUACCAGCACCGAGAAGUACAAGGUGAAGUCAGAGGGAGAAAGCGACUCUGACUAAUAGGCUGGGAUUUGUGUCUGAAGGCGUCCAGAAAGAGAAGGUUUGGAAGGAAAACAAGGCCAGAUGUGAACGUUGUUCUGUGUCGGAUCUGCUGCCUUGAGGGGAGAUAAUACAGUGACGCCUCGUCAUGGUGGACCUGUUUGUUGACCGGGUUCUUGUGAAGAACAACAAGGACCAGGACGAGCUGGACACGGAGCGCGAGAUCGUCACGCGUCUGCAGAACCGAAUCCUGAUGCUCUUCUUUGCCUCUGCUGAAUCCGACACCUGCCAGCGGUUCGCUCCCACGCUUCACGACUUCUUCAAACAGCUGACCGACGAGUUCUACGUGGAGCGCUCCGCUCAGCUGGUGCUGCUCUACGUCAGUCUGGAUCAGUCAGAGGAGCAGCUAGAAGACUUCCUGAAAGAGCUCCCAAAGAAGUCCCUGUUCCUUGCCUACGAGGAUCCUUACAGAAGGGAGCUGGAGACCAUGUUCGAGGUGAGAGAGGUUCCCACCGUGGUGGUCCUGCGUCCCGACUGCUCCAUCCUCAUCCCCAAUGCGGUGGAGGAGAUAACCCGCCUGGGUCCGGACUGCUACCGCAACUGGCACGAGGCGGCCGAGCUCAUCGACAGAAACUUCCUCAUCAAGGAGGACUUCGAGGACAAGUCCAUGCGCAGCUUCAGCGACCCCGUCAGACGACUCAAGUACAAGGUGGAGGACGAGAAGAAGAAGAAGAAGAAGGAGAAGAAGAAAAGGAAGCAGCGGCGAGGCUGGGGCGGAGGAGGCGACAAGGGCGAGGAAGCCGGAGCGGGCGGAGCAGACGAUAGGGACGGUGGAGGGUCGAUGUGGUGACGGAGAGAACGAUGCUGUGAAUUUGUCCCGAAGUUGCUGCUUUAUUAGAGUCUACCCUUGUAAGAGUUUUGUUGUAUGGCAAAUUUCAUAAUAAAUAUGUUGUUUAUGGCAUUUUGUUAAAUGUGUUUUUUUUUUUUAAAUUAUAUAUUAGGUGAGGGGAA